AUCGGUGCCGGAAGAAGCUGAUGUUCCCCCUGUGUCGGACUUGCGCCCUUCUUCAACUGCAGACUCCGUGUACCCACACAGACGACGAGCGAGCUCUUGUCGGAACGUGGGUAACGGAGGAAGUCAAACUGGCGAAAAAGAAAGGCUACCGCGUCACACAUAUUUACGAAGUGUACCAUUUCCAGGCAUCGUCUACUUCUCUGUUCAGAUCAUACAUUGAUCUGUUUCUGAAGAUCAAGCAGGAAAGUAGCGGAUGGCCUUCGGAGUGUGUGACGGAACUAGCCAGACUGAAGUACAUUCGCCAAUAUGAAGAAAGAGAGGGUGUCAAGUUGGAGGCCGAAAAAAUAUCGAAAAACCCUGGGCGUCGACAAGUCGCCAAGUUGGCCCUGAACAGUUUCUGGGGCAGAUGGGGUAUGAACGUCAACAAAGGACAGCUUACUUAUGUGCAUACGGUGCCAGAAUUUAAUAAGAUGUUGGCGGAUCCUACUAAAACAAUCAAGGAUGUCUUUCUUCCCACGCCUGAGGUGGCUGCCAUUUCCUGGGAAUCUGCGAAAGAGUUUGUGCCGCAGGAUGCCUCUACCAACAUUUUCCUAGCUGCGUUCACAACAGCUUGGGCUCGUCUCAAGCUGUAUAGUGAAAUGGAGAAAUUGGGUAGAGAUGUCCUGUAUCCACGACACAGACUCCAUCAUCUAUGCCUCGAAUGGAACCGCAAUGAUCCCCCUUAG